GCGCCCCGAUCGCCCCUUCCCAGCAUGAAGGAGAUGCCUCGGCUGCUGCCGUCGAGGCCCCGCCGACAGGGAGGGCUCCUGCUGCCGCUCUUGCUGCUCCUGCUCCUGGACGGCCACGUCGCCCGGGCCCAGCACUGGCGGAAUGAAAAUUAUGAGCGGCCCAUUGACCUGGAAGGCUCUGGAGAUGAUGACUCCUUUGAGGAUGAAGAAAUGGAUGAAAUCGAGGAACUCUACUCAGGCUCUGGCUCAGGAUAUUUUGAGCAGGACUCUGGGAUCAAGACCAUUGUGCGGCUCAACACAGAUGCACCCCUCACCCUACCUACAACUUCCCCUGUGUUGCCCGCCACCUCUGUGCAGCCAGUAGCCACCCCCUUUGCACCAUUCCCUGCGGAGGAAGCCACCUCUGAUCCAGUAACGAGCAGCCUCUACAUCCCCAGGAUGACCGAAGCACCGGCAGUCACCAUCCGGAAAGUGCUUGGUACCACUGCUAGCACCGCAGCCCUCGAUGCCACUGCUACCGCGAGUACUAUUGCUACCACCACUGCCACAACUGCUGCCACCACCACCACCACCACCUCUGCUACAAUGCCCAUGUCCAAGCCAACGACUGUCCUGAGAGCCUUGCCCCCCUUUAUCACCAUUGUAGCCACGACGCAGUCGAUCACACUUGAAACGCCAACCACGGCCACCGAAGUUGCCAGGACGGAACUGAACACGGUUCCGCUGGUGACCACCAGUGUGACGAAGAGCAGGGCUGUGCCAAAGCCAAGCACGUCUCGGGAGCCAGAGCGCAGUGAGGGGACUACCACAUCGCCCCAACCCUCAAGUUCUACAGCACCAGUCCAGGGAGAGCCUCUGGAUGCGACCCCUUCCACGGCAAUGAAUAAUGAACUGGAAGUUCCCGUCAGCGGGGACUUUGAAAUUCGUGAGGAGGAGGAGGUGGCAGCUCAGACGGAGCUCAGCAAUGAAGUGGUUGCCCUGGUUACCCCAGCAGCCGGGCCGGUGCUGAGGAAGAAUGCUGAGCCGGGGCUUGUAGACAAUACAAUAGAAUCCGGGAACUCGGCUGCGCAGCUCCCCCAGAAAAACAUCCUGGAAAGGAAAGAGGUCCUCAUAGCUGUGAUUGUGGGCGGGGUCGUUGGAGCUCUCUUUGCUGCCUUCCUGGUGAUGCUGCUAAUCUACCGGAUGAAAAAGAAGGACGAGGGGAGCUAUACCUUGGAGGAGCCAAAGCAGGCGAGUGUCACGUACCAAAAACCUGACAAGCAGGAGGAAUUCUAUGCAUAAAUCAGUGCCUCGCCACCUCUUUUUCUGUCCCAAUGCCGUCCUUUUUUUAAGAAACAAGAACAAAAAA